CUCAAAAAAUGUUUGAAAUACGCUCUUAAACAUAUAAAAAGCAAAACCGAUUGCCUCACAAUUUCUUUGGUAACACUCCGAAUUUAAAAGCAUACACUUUCCUUCACUUUUUCUAAUAGACUAAAUUUAACUUCCACCCAAUGACGUCAAAUCAACGCCAAUCUCAUCGAAUCACGCCAAACGGUUGCCUAGCAACCAAAUAACAAGUCUUCAUAACCAUCAGGCAAUAUCAGUGGCACAAAAUAACCCCCUGGAAUACCACGCGUUUGAAAAUAGAAUCGGAAUUCCAGAUUUAAAAAAGCCGUUCCGAUUACCAAUCGAGAAAGUGUUGUUUGAAUUUGUUAUCGAUGAGUCGUGAAGUUAAAAGAAUCGAUUUCGUUCAUGACCUUGUGGCGUAUUGAUUAGUAUUGUUCAGUAAGCUCCAACUCCUGAACCAUGGAUGACCGCACGGUGGACCUGAUCUUCAGCGGCUCAUUGAAGCUGCUGCCGCCGGUCAGCUCCAAGAUCGUGAGAAUCUUCACCAGCUCGACCUUCACAGAUACCACAAUGGAGAGAAACACUUUGAUGGCGAAAUGCUACCCUCGCAUCAAGGAUUACUGCCGCGAGAAACAUGGCUUGGAGUUUCAGGUGGUAGACAUGCGAUGGGGCGUCCGAGACGAGGCUACCGACGAUCAUAUGACCACGGAACUGUGUAUGAGGGAGAUCAAGAACUGCCAGCGACUCUCCAUGGGACCAAACUUCGUUGUGUUUCUUGGACAGAAAUAUGGUUAUAGGCCAAUCCCAACAUACGUGCUAUCCUCAGAGCUACAGAUGUUGAAGGACGAGUUGGUGGCAGGUGGCGUGGACACCAUCCUAUUAGACACCUGGUACAAGAAGGACUCGAAUGCUGUACCGCCUGUAUCGGUGCUGCAACCUAUCUCGUCAAUAUUGAUUAAUUUUAAUAAUAAGAGGGUACCAAAGCUCCAAGCGGAGGAUCAGGCGGUGUGGUGGGACACCCUCGGUAAGAUGCAGAAGCUGUUCCGGAAGGCGUCACUACAGCUGUACAACGCUGGCAAGAUCGAUAAGGACUGUAUGCAUAACUAUUUUAUGUCUGUAACCGAACGUGAAGUAAUAAACGGCGUGCUCAAUGUGAAGAACACCAAGAACCACUGCUUAGCCUACGUCCGGUACAUCAACAACAUCAACCUUCAGAACCUGAAGAAGGCCAGCAACUUCGUAGAUAUCAUCAACAGGAGCUUAGACUCUGAGGCUUCGAAGCUGUUGGCUGAUCUCCGGGAUGUUCGGCUACCGGAUAAGAUUGAGACCACUAAUAUACAGAAGUACACAGUAGAAUGGAUUGGUCGCGAAGGUCUUGACACGGAGACCCACGGCGAGUACCUCAGCCACUUCAUAUCUCACUUCUACAAGAAUAUCGUCAAACUUGUCGACAGAGCAAUGCGUAAAGAGGACAGCAGUGCUCAGGGUGUGAUUGUGACUGAGAUCCUCCAGCAUCUUCACGCCUGCAACAACUCUGUGAAGGUGUUCCACGGCAGAGAACCAGACCUCGACUUCAUUGAGGAUUAUAUGAAGAACAAAUCUGAUAAGCCGUUGGUUUUGUAUGGAGAAGGUGGCUGUGGAAAGACCAGUCUUCUGUCUAAAAGCGCAGCUAUGUCCUUAGACACUUGGUUUGCGGAUGUCCGUCCUACAAACAUCAUCAGGUUCCUGGGAACUACUCCUGACUCCAGCGCUCUCACGCCAACGCUCAUUUCUAUUUGUCAGCAGAUAUCCUACAACUUCGCGCUACCUUUCGAGGGUAUCCCAGAUGACCUGGUGCCAUUAACAGCGCACUUCAAGCACCUGCUAACGAUGGCGUCACAGCAGCAACCCCUCCUCCUCUUCCUGGACUCGGUGGACCAGCUCACUGGCAUCGGCACUGAGAAUAACAAGGUGUCCUGGUUGCCAACCAGGCUGCCGGAGCAUUGUAAGAUCAUAGUGACAUGUGCGUGUGAGGAAGCAAACCCAGAAGUGUCCAAGGAGUACGACGUGCUCCGGCGCAUGAUAGACUCAGAAGAGAACUUCCUAGAAGUGAAGGCUCUUGGAGAAGAUCUCGCCAUGCAGGUUUUGAAGUUAUGGAUGGCUUCUGCUGCACGUGAUUUAUCCAACUACCAGUGGCGUCUGGUAUCAAACGCUAUAGCAUCGUGCUCUCUGCCUAUAUUCGUCAAACUUGUCUUCGCUGAGGUCUGCAGAUGGAGAAGUUACACGAAGCCACAAGAUACACACUUAGCGUCAACUGUCAUGGACUCCAUCAUGAUGCUGUUCGAAAGAAUUGAAAAGCAGCACGGACGCCUUCUCGUGUUCCACGCUCUGGCCUACAUCACAGCAGCCCGCAGUGGUUUGUCGGAGACCGAACUCGAAGACUUGAUCUCCUUGGAUGACAAGGUGCUGGACGAUGUGUAUCAGUACCACUUGCCACCAGUCAGGAGAAUCCCACCACUGUUGUGGACUAGGAUUCGCAACGAUCUCCCGAACUACCUCUCCGAGCGCGAGGCUGACGGCGUCUCCGUGAUGAACUGGUAUCACCGACAGUUCCGCGACACAGCCCGGGAGCGGUACUUCAAGAACAUGAACAUGGCCAUGUACUUCCACUCUAUGAUUGCUGAUUAUUAUCUUGGUAUCUGGGGAGGAGGUACUCCAAAACCCUUCAAAUACACGGAGAUCCAGCGCCAUCGAUUCAACUUGGCUGACCGGGAGGGUGUGGCUGAUAGGAAGGUGCCUCUCCAGCCGCUAGUCUUCACGUCCGCUGAUGGUGCUAAUAAGAGAUACAAUUUGAGGAAGUUUGGCGAGCUCCCUUUCCAUUUGGUCCGGUCGAAACGCUUCACGGACUUGUAUGCAGAAGUUCUGUUUAACUAUGACUGGCUCCAUGCGAAACUCAACUGCUGUCCACUCCAAGCUGUACUAGCUGACUUUGAAGAUGCUAAACUGCAUGUCAAUAAGGAUGCAGUCAGAGAACUCAUGCUGGUAGCAGAUGCCUUACGUCUAGGAGGAGCUAUCCUCGGCACUUACUCCGAUAUGCUGGCGCCACAACUAGUCGGCAGGCUGCUACCCGAAGCUCCACACAACCCCGCAAUAUCCUCUCUGUUGAAGCAGUGCGUACAUAACGGGAAGACGCACUGCGCGCUGCUGCCGUCUCAUCAUUGUUUGCAUACUCCUGGUGGGCCGCUUAAGUAUUCUUUAGAAGGUCAUCAGUUCGCGGUCUUCGCCUUUAGACUGAGCUCCGACAAGCGCUACGUGGUCUCCAUAUCCAGCAGGGUCAUAUCCUGGGACCUGUCCACGUCUGACCUGGCGAGGGAUCUAUGUCCUCAACUCGAAGGCAUAAUGCAGAACCUGGAACUGUCUCCAGAUAAUAAGUGGGCUGCGGCUUCUACUAAUAAUUCUGUGUCGAUGCUGCUAAAUAUGCUGACCAGUGAAUACAUCACAAUUGAUAAUCCCCUCAAUGAAGGGGAGACAGUCCGCGGCGUGGCGGUGCUGAAUCACCACAUGGUGAUCUACGGGCCGCGCUCGUGGGUGCAGUACAGCAUGCGUGGCGAGCACGAGCAGACGCUGCCCGCGCCCGACACCGCGCCAUAUGAUGAUGUCACUUGGGAGAUACUAUCUAUAGAAUUCCGUGACCUUGAAAACUUUCUGCUGGUGAUGUGGAGCGGUGACCUCGACGAGGACAGACUGCUCGUCCAGUUCAGCAAGGAUGGUGAAUGGAUGCAGCCUCUGAGGUGCAGGGGAGCUCUCGCCAUGAACAAGCACUGGACCAGGAUAUAUUGUAGUGAUCCUGAGAGGGGCUAUCAGAUAACUAUCUUCGAACUGAACGUGGAAGAAAAAUGCUGGGUCAAAGUUGAAGAGCUGUAUCAUCAGGAGACCGACACAGCUGAAGCGAUGCUGCAGAUCAAACGGGGAAAGAAAGACCGCAUGCUGUUUGCGACUACCACAUACAGCUUCGUGGUUUGGGACUUCGAUGUUAAGAUACCUCGAAUUAAGCCUGAACCGGAGGUGAAAGAAGAUGAUGACAAAGCAGAAGGAGAUGAAGAGGAGGAGAAACCCGAAGAGCCAGAGAUCGACCACAGCGUGCACGGCAUCGUGCUGAAGCUGCCGCACACCAUCCGGAACAUCUCCACCAAGAUGACGCUCUCCAACUCCUUCAUGAUCAGCAAUAACAACACGUAUGCUGUUGCUGGAGUCAGGAAGAAUCUCUACGUCUGGAGCUUGGAGACCACGAAGCUCAUCAAAGUGUUAGACGCCCACUUCGGCAGGAUAGUCCAGCUGGAGCCGUUGACUGUCGGGUCCUGGAACAACGUGAUCACAUCCUCUAUUGAUCGAACUGUCAAGAUUUGGAACAUCGACAAUAUUUUUGAGCAAGUUCAUAAGAUUGAUCGGCAAGAGUUGCCGAUUGAUUCUAUUAGCUUAGCCCGAGACAAACAGCUAGCAGUGACAGUGACCCGCAGCUGCUGGGGUCUCUGGGACACCAGUAAUGGGAAGCUCCUCGCUCAACUGGCAGAAGCCCCCCUGGGAGCCAUCGUGACCCACGCUGUCAUUACCCCCAGUGGUGACAAUGUUGUAACUGCAGAGUCCGGGAAUGUUAUCAUCUGGGAUAUUGUUGAAAGACAGGCACUAUUCAAAGAAGAACAGAAGGUAAUAAAGCAAGUUCUUCUGCUUGAAGACGGCACUAAAUUCAUCACUAUAUCUAUUAAACCUGCUCCGGACAACGUCGAGAACGUUGCGAUGGCAAAUAUUGUUGCUAGGACAAUUCCUGAAGGAGAAAAGAUCUACACAGCGGAAUACGAGCUUCGAGGCACAGGGUACAAGGACGCCGUGGUGUCCGCUGACGAGCACCACAUCGUGGCGCCAGGAGUCGACAAGUCCUCCAGAGACUGUCUUCAUGUGUUCCAUGCGAGGACCGGGGCAAGGCUGCACAGGAUUCCUAUAAAGAACAGCGGUAUCAAAGACAUGCAGUCGAUAGUGGCUCUUCCACACAAACCCCUCUGGGUAGCAGUCGUGGGGAACGAUAAGGCUGGUAUUCUGGAUAUUAAGUCCAAGAGACACAUUAGAUUCGUUCCUCGUUGGAACGGCGCCUGCACGAAGGAUGGUAAGAUCGGUCUCUGUGCCCCUUCGCGAGGGGGUCUGGACCUGAUAGAGCUGAAGCGAGGAGCCUCAGUCCAGCAGCUGAUCUACAGAGCCGCGGAGGGAGUCUUCUCCAUCAUCACCAUGUUUAACUCGACUGAUGAGUAUGUGUUCUACUACCACAGUGGGAGGAAGACUUUGAGAGUAUUCAGGACAGUAGAUGGUCGUGCCAUAGCCGAGUACCGGGCACCAGCUGAAGUGACGGGCGUCGCCAGCGCACACGGUGGGAAGUCAGUAGCUAUAGCCUCCCAGGAUGGAUGCCUGACCAUGCUGGAUAUUGUGGAUCCAUUUGAGUAGGUUGUCUGCGAAUAGGGUAUUUGACCAACAAAUCCAGUUAGUCCGUAAGACAAGUUUUCCAAAAAACAUUUUAAAUUGAAUACGUAUGUUUAAUUUAUCACAUCAUUAAAAGGUUAAGAUAUUAAAAGCAUUGAAGAGCAGCAAUUUGUCUGAUGGACUAAAGAUUUGUUUUGUCAAAUACCCAUAGACAAGACUAGACCCGAAU